AUGGAUCUUCUGGACUAUGGGACUUCUUCCUCUUCUCGAGGUUCAUCCUCUUUCAACGGGCCCGGUGGCGACUAUGAUCCAUCAAACAAUGACCAGCUGUUCUUCAAUAUGCUCUUCUUCAACCAGACUUUUUGGAUAGUCGGUAAUCCCCAUAAGGCAGAAAUUAUGAGAGUCAACAUUGUAAACGGUGGAACAAUGUCCUCAUUGAUCACACUCGCCAGCCGAGUGAUCUUCCUCAAACCAGACGGUCUCACCGAAGCUCUCAAAGCAGCUCACGAUCUUAAAGCAAUCAUUCAAUCUCAUCAAUCUGAUGGCGCCGGCUUACCACUAGCUGAAGGUUGGAUUAACGAUAGCUUGUUCCUGGCAAGACCAAUCGAGACCAAACCUUAUUUGAUCAAUGAGCAGAAUUUAUUCGUCGAUGGGUUCUGGUCCGGUGUAGGUGUAGGAAGGGAAAGACAGAAUGCUUCCUCUUCUUUGAAGAAGAAACGAUCCAAAAGGCAAAAGACAGUACAUUUUCCAAUCUCACCUACCUCAAAUGAGCCAAUAUCACUGGGUCCUUCUUUGUAUUCAACUCCCACUGGACUAUCACCUACAGCAUGUUCUCAAUCCCAUAUCGAUGAUCUUAUACAACUUGACGAUCCAUGUCCCACGAAUCUCAACAAAGAGGACAAAGAAAGUGAACCUAAGAUCAACCCCGAAGACGUCUAUAGAAACGCUGCAAGUCAAAAUACCAAUACGUUCCUUGUUUGUCCGAAGCCAGGUGAUAUAAUCACUCCGCCGAUCCACAAGGAGUCACCCGCUUUGGUGUCUCAAUCUUCCCAUAUGGCUCAACAAACUCGAUCCGCCACUCACAGUCAGAAUCAGGACGGACCUGUUAGAACCACUGGAAACAAAUAUAUUACUCCCACCGGUCCUAUCCAUCUCGGUCAAACCAACCAGGAAGCCACUCAAUAUGAUACUAGUACACCUUCAAUCAUCGGACAACUCUCGUCAUCCUCUCAGGCUUCAGAAACGUUCCAGGACGACGGACCUUCCUCUGCGUCAGGGCAAGCCAAUCAGGGAGACAAUGAUCAAGAUUGUCGCUCUCAUCCUCAUCCUUCUCCCAGCGAGAAGGAGCAAUUCCCAAAAACUCAGAUGAAUAUUGAGAGAAUGAAAGAUCCGGAUUAUGUUGAGUCUGCACCAGAACCUGAAUUGCAUAUGGAGGAGGAUAAACAGCAAAAGGUCGCAUCUGGAUCCAUAUCCAAGUCAGCUGAAUAUAAUCGAAGAUGGCGUAAUCAAACGACCGUCCAACCUCAAGACACCGUAGCUUAUCGAGCUCUGGUGGAAGACCUGAAGAGUAGAGUGGCAGGAGAAGGGUUUCCGAAAGGCGGGAUGAAGGCUUAUUUGAUCGGAAGGGGUAUUCAUUCCCUUUACACCAAAUACGGUGCACUUAUCCGCCAACAAGUUCCUGGUUUACCCAACUCCCGAGCGAACUUUAAGAAGAACGCUGAAAGUGCUGUUAAUCCCAAAUGGCAGAAAUUCAUUGACGAGCAAAACGCAAAGACAGAAGUGGAGAAAUAG